AUGAGCCCAAGCACGAUGUCCUCUGCUCAUGAUGCCACCAAGAUCUCUAUCAAUAGAUUUGAUGGAGACAACUACGCGAUGUGGAGCCGCUACAUUCGUGGCGUGUUCCUGACCAAGUCGACGUGGCACGUGGUCAACCGGGAGACCACCCCCACCUUCGCCGAUCAUCGCGCCAGUGAUGAGUACGUCAAGACGAACAACAUUGCGUUCGGCUUGAUGUUACUUCACAUGAGCGCGGACUAUCAUCACGUGGUUGAUGACUGCGACGAGGCAAGGGUUGCGUGGACACGGUUGAAGACUCUCUACGACGGAUCGCAGAAGGCGGGACGGAUCUUCUUGAAGCGGCAGCUAUUCAGCAUGGAGAUGGCGGAAGGCGGCAAUGUAAUGCAUCAUUGCAAUGAAGUUCUCAACAUCAGCGCCAAGCUCAGCAGCAUCGGCGCCAAGAUGGAGGAUGAGGACGCGGCGAUAUGCUUGUUGUGCAGCCUCCCCAGGAGCUACGAGAACGUCGUGCUGAACUUGGAGAUGAGCAGCGCGGAACUGCGGACGCAAGACGUCGUGAAAGUGAUGAAGAAUGAGCACAUCAAGAGACAAGGAAAAAGACGACAUCGGUGA